GGGAGUGGAUAGGCAAUGAUAUUAGAUGAUACAUCUUUUAUAAGCCGGCAGCAGGAAAUAGAAGAAAAACUCAUCGAGGAAGAAACAGCACGAAGAGUGGAAGAAUUGGUAGCAAAAAGGGUAGAGGAAGAAUUGGAGAAAAGGAAGGAUGAAAUUGAGCGAGAAGUUCUCCGAAGGGUGGAGGAAGCCAAGCGCAUCAUGGAAAAGCAGUUGCUCGAAGAACUCGAGCGACAGAGACAAGCUGAGCUUGCAGCACAAAAAGCCAGAGAGGAGGAAGAACGUGCAAAACGUGAGGAGCUAGAGCGAAUACUGGAAGAGAAUAACCGAAAAAUUGCCGAAGCACAAGCCAAACUGGCUGAAGAACAGUUGAGAAUUGUUGAAGAACAAAGAAAGAUUCAUGAGGAAAGGAUGAAACUAGAACAAGAGCGACAACGUCAACAAAAAGAAGAACAAAAAAUUAUCCUGGGCAAGGGGAAGUCCAGGCCCAAACUGUCCUUCUCCUUAAAAACCCAGGAUUAAAUUGCAAACUCUGAACUUUUUACAAAGAAAAAUGGAAAAACUUUGUAUUGUAGCUUCAUGUUGAAGUGUUUUUUUUUUGUUUGUUUCAUUUUGUUUUUGUUUUUUUAAAUUGGAAAAUCUGGAAAGUUAGCUUGUUCUAAUAGGGGCUAUGCUCUGCAGUUCCUUUUCUUCCCCCUUAACUUCUAUUAAGUGAAAUCCUUAUCAGAUCAUUGUUAUCUUCUAGAAAGUGAUAUAUUUUUCACCUGUUUGGAUUCUGUGUUAGUGAUCUGAAGAAGAGCAGAUCACUUUAUAAAUUGUGGAUGGUCUGAUAAGGUUUUUACUGACCCACAGACUUCGGAGUUAUACUCUGUUUACUACAUCAUAAUGCUGGUUUUGCUGACUUUUUGUUUUUUUAUAUAUUUAUAAAAAAAGAAAAAGUUGGUAAUUGCAUUGGAAGCUCCUGGGGUGUUAUGGACCUAUGUGGUAUAUUGUUAAAUCAGUGUCCUCAUGAUACUGUUGCUCUUGAUGUUCCUGAUACAGGUAAGGAAACAGUUGGUCAGCUCUAACACAAAAUAUAUACAGUUCAGUAUUGUCUCUGUUCAAAUUGUUUUUAUUUCACUGACAAAAUCAAACCAGCAUUCCCCAUUGUGUAAAUAAAUGAUUUUGCUGAAUAAAGUCGUCUUAAAUUCA